AUGCUUGCGCCAAGUCUCUCGUCUAGAGCCUGCAGCUCCUGCAGUAGUCUCCGACUAAAACCCCUACACUUCCGCAAUCUCACACGAACGCAACCCUUUCACUCCACACCCUCCCUCAAAUCCAAAGUCUCCUACCGCGUCGCCGUCUCCUCCACCGGCAAAGGCCGCCGCUUCCACCCCCUCAAAAAUGCCUUCAACUUCGACCCUGCUGGACCAGCCCUUGGCGUCACAAAAGAAACCAACUCCGUCAGUCGCCGGCGCACCCGGCCAGACAGCGGCGAGGACGCCUUCUUCGUCAGCCGAAUCGGCAACCGUAUCUCAGAUCACCAAGAAGGCAAUGCCGAGGCCGUCGCAUUCGCAGUCGCUGACGGCGUAGGCGGUUGGACCGAGUCUCGCGUCGACCCGGCGGAUUUCUCUCACGGACUGUGCGGAUACAUGGCGCACACGGCACAAACGUGGCAUGAGCCUGCCGAGGCAUUACGGCCCAAGUCACUCUUGCAGGCCGGGUACGAUGCUGUCGUGGAUGAUCCGACCAUUCGCGCCGGCGGCAGUACGGCCUCUGUUGGAGUCGCGUUGCCAGACGGGCGGGUGGAAUUGGCAAAUCUGGGCGAUUCAGGGUCGGUACUCCUGCGGCGGGCGGCAGUUCAUUCGUAUUCGAUUCCGCAGACGCAUGGGUUUAAUACGCCUUUCCAGCUGAGUGUGAUUCCGCCUCGGAUGCGUGCCCAGGCAAAUGUCUUUGGGGGCGCGUUCCUGGAGGACUUUCCGAAAGACGCCUCAGUGACCAAUGUUCAGAUGCAGCAUGGCGAUGUGUUAAUGCUGGCCACGGAUGGUGUCUUUGAUAACCUGAACAACCAGGAUAUCUUGAAGCUCAUCACUAGUCGCAUGGUGAUGACGGGCGCCUGGACGGCGACGGAGUCCGGUGUCGGAGUCUCGGAUAACCUACGUGCUCUGGCGGCGCCCGGCGGGCUGGCAGAGGCACUUCCGACGCCGCCUGGCUCGCCGAUGAAGGAUGCAGAAGAUAGCCUUGCAGAUGGGGUAACGUUGCAGUCUGUGCUGGCCGCUACCAUUGCCGGCGAAGCAAAGAAGGCCAGCGUGGAUUAUCGUCGGGAUGGGCCUUUUGCCAAGGAGGCCCAGCGGUACUAUCCUGGGGACUAUUACCGUGGCGGCAAAGUCGAUGACAUUUGCGUUGUCAUUGUGGUGGCCGUGGAUGAUAGCUGUGCAGCCAAGCUUUGA